AUGAAAUAUACCCCAUUACGCAUCGUUGUCAUAGCUGGAACUCUUGCUCUUACAGUAUUUUUCAUUACAAUAUCAUCCAUCUCUUUUGUUGAGUUUCUUAAACUUCAGAAAUCAAAUUACCUUCAAGAACUUGAGAUCACAUUAUACAUUCUCUUUGGAAUCUCAUUGAUCAUUUUGCUUAUUGUUGUUUAUGCAGCCAGAGUAAUGACUCCAAGAAGUAUGCUUAGGUUUUUCGUAUCAAACAUAAUUUUAGUUUUACUCUGCGUUACAUAUUCAGUUUUAUCAUUCACAAUCCCAAGGUACAAAUUAAUAACAAAUGGAUUUAAGAAAUGGGAAGUAUUAUAUUCUAGUUUUGCACUUGAUAACUUACAACAAGCAUUUCAUUGCUGCGGAUAUGAAGACUUAGUUAAAUAUACCGGACGAAAUGAUUUUUGCUUCAGAGAUGAACCUGAAAAUCAAAGAAUAACUUGCAAAGAAAAAUUUGAAAAGGAGUACAUUCCUAUCUUUAACAAUCUUGGAAUAGCAUCAACAGUAUUUUCCGUAAUCGGGUUUGCCUUUGUUUGUGUCAGUUUUUACAAUUAUAAGUUCACAAAUUACGAAGAAGAGAGUCCUGAUGCCGAAACCAUCUUAGAUCAAGGGCUGAUAUAA